AUGAAGUUUUCAUUAAUAAUAGGUGUAAUAGCAUGUUAUUCUAUAGCAUAUGCUGAUCAAGAAACUCUAGUUCUUGUGGAUAAUUUAAACAUAAGAGAAACUCAUUCUCAAUUUUUCAAAUCUCUCCAAGAUCGCGGCUACAAUCUAGUAUUUAAACUAGCGGAUGAUGCUAACCUAGUGCUCUCAAAGUAUGGAGAGUACUUGUAUAAAAAUCUUAUAGUAUUUUCUCCAUCUGUGGUGGAAUUUGGUGGUCAACUGGAUACAGAAGCCAUCACUAACUUUAUUGAUGAUGGCGGAAAUGUUCUCAUGGCCGGAAACUCUGCUGCAGGUGAUGUUUACAGAGAAAUUGCAUCUGAAUGUGGAUUUGAGAUGGAUGAAGAAUCAGCUGCUGUAAUAGACCAUUUUAACUAUGAUGCUUUAGAUGAUGGAGAUCACACAAGAAUUGUAGUGUCUCCUAAAAACCUUAUAAAUGCUCCUACUAUUGUUGGUUCACAAAAUACACAACCAUUGCUGUUUGAAGGAACAGGUCUUAUUUUAGAUAAAGAUAAUAGUUUGGUUCUGCCUAUAUUGACAGCUGAUAGUACAGCUUACAGUUAUAAUCCAAAGAGUCAGGUUAAAGAAUACCCUCACACUGUUGGUCGCAAGACAGUCUUAAUUGCAGCCCUACAAGCCAGAAAUAAUGCUAGAAUUAUCUUCAGUGGAUCUCUCUUCUUCUUCUCUGAUGAGGCUUUUAAUUCUCCUGUGGCUAAAGUACAUGGUGACAAAAUCAAGGCUGCACUUUCUGGCAAUAAGGCACUAGCUGUACACCUAAGUGAAUGGGCAUUUGGUGAGCGUGGGCAACUAAGAGUGCGAGGAGUUCACCACCACAGGCAGGGAGAGAAUCAAUCUUCCAACACAUACACAAUUACUGACACUGUUGUGUACCGGAUUGAAAUUGAAGAACUCAAGAAUGGUAAAUGGCAACCUUUUGAAGCUAAUGAUGUCCAGCUUGAGUUUGUACGCAUUGAUCCAUUCAUUAGAACCACAUUGAAGAAAAAACCCAAUGGGGUGUAUGAAGCAAUUUUCAAAGUACCAGAUGUAUGGGGUGUAUAUCAGUUUAAAGUUGACUAUGAUAGAAUUGGAUAUACAAGAUUAUAUCACUCCACUCAGGUUUCAGUCCGCCCCUUGCAACACACUCAGUAUGAGAGAUUUAUACCCAGUGCAUACCCAUAUUAUGUGAGCGCUUUCUCCAUGAUGAUUGGAGUAUUCUUUGAUGUGUUUACAUCUGUAAACUGUCCCCCAAGUGCAGCGACAGUGAAGAUGGACCCGUCGCGGCGGCAGCGCACUCAGACUAAAGCAUCUGCUGAGGAGCAGGCCCUUGAUCAGAUUACUAAAGAGGCCGAUUUUGGUAUGAAGAACAAUUAUUCAUCGUUUGGCCUUCUCUGGUUAACAGUAAGGGCAUAUCAUUCAAUUUUAACU